AUGCAGGCUGCACAAUCACCCAUCCCACUCCUUCUCAUCAGCCUCCUCUGUGUCAGCCAGCUGCAGCGGAGCCACGGCGUGGACAUUUCAUCAGAUACAGAGAAACACAGAGGGAACCGUGAGGUCAUCGCCCAAACACCUGCAUCUGAACCGGCACCUGAACAAGACAACAGCCUCGGGUACAAAGGGUCUCGUCUUCGCCAGGAAGACUUCCCUCCCCGCAUAGUGGAGCACCCCUCUGACCUCAUUGUCUCCAAAGGGGAACCGGCCACUCUCAACUGUAAGGCCGAGGGCCGUCCGACCCCAACGGUGGAAUGGUCCAAAGACGGGGAGCGCGUCGAGACGGACCGCGACAACCCCCGCUCCCACCGCAUGCUGCUGCCCAGCGGCUCCCUCUUCUUCCUGCGUAUCAUCCACGGACGACGGAGCAAGCCGGACGACGGCAGCUACGUGUGUGUGGCCCGAAACUAUCUGGGCCAGGCGAUCAGUCACAAUGCUUCCCUGGAAGUAGCCAUUUUGCGCGAUGACUUCAGACAGAACCCAGUCGACGUGAUGGUCGCAGUGGGGGAGCCGGCGGUGCUGGAGUGCCAACCACCCCGUGGGCACCCCGAACCCACCAUCUCCUGGAGGAAAGACGGCACCAACUUAGAUGACAGAGAUGAACGCAUCACAAUUCGCAGUGGCAAGCUGAUGAUCACCAACACCAGGAAGAGUGAUGCAGGGAAAUACAUCUGCGUUGGAACCAACAUGGUGGGAGAGAGGGAGAGCGAGAUCGCUGAACUCACUGUGCUAGAGCGGCCAACCUUCAUGAAGCGGCCCAGCAGCGUGGUGGUGUUGGCAGAGGAGAGCGUGGAGUUCCACUGUGUGGUUCAAGGAGACCCUGUUCCCACUGUCCGCUGGAGGAAAGAUGACUCCGACCUGCCUAAGGGCCGAUUUGAAAUCCUAGAGGACCAUACGUUGAUUGUUCGCCAAGUGACCUCUUUAGAUGAGGGCUCCUAUACAUGUGUGGUGGAGAACAUGGUCGGCAAGUCUGAAUCAUCCGCCACGCUCACUGUCCAUGUCAAUACUGUGCCCCCGGCAUUUGCCGUACGCCCCAGGAACCAGGUGGUGGCAGUGGGCAGGACGGUCACCUUCCAGUGCGAGGCCACUGGCAACCCACAGCCCGCUAUCUUCUGGCAGAGGGAGGGCAGUGAGAGUCUCCUGUUCUCUUACCAGCCACCGCAGCCCUUUAGCCGUCUGUCCGUCUCCCAGAUGGGCAGUUUGACUAUUACCGAUGUUCAGCGCUCUGAUGGCGGCUUCUACAGCUGCCAGGCUCUCAACAUAGCUGGCAGUGUUAUUACCAAAGCACUGCUGGAGGUCACAGACUCUGGGUCGGACCACCCACCUCCUGUGAUUAGGCAGGGCCCACUCAAUCAGACCAUUCCUGUGGACAGCACAGUGGUCCUGGGUUGCCAAACAGCUGACUCUCCACCGCCUACAGUCCACUGGCAGAAGGAUGGUGCCGCGGUGUCUCCGGUGGACUCCCGCAUGUCGGUAGCAGACACAGGAUCACUGGAGAUCCGCUACGCCAAGCUGGGAGACACAGGCUUCUACACUUGUGUAGCUUCCAGUCCAAAUGGAGAGGCUUCCUGGACAGCUUACUUACAGGUGGAGGAGUUUGGAGUUGUUGUUCAGGCCAGUCAGCCGAGAGACCCCAAACUGAUUCCCAGCGCUCCAUCUAAACCCGAGGUGACCGACGUCGGACGCACUUCGGUCACUCUGUCGUGGAAAUCGAAAGUGGAUGCCGGCGCUCCGCCUACAUCUUACCUGAUCGAGGCAUUCAGUUAUACGUCAGGCAGCAGAUGGGUGACCCUCGCCGAGCAUAUAAAGACUCAGACUUUUAUACUGAGGAACCUGAAGCCUGCAGCUGUCUACCUCUUUAUGGUCCGAGCGGUGAAUGCUUAUGGCCUCAGUGACCCCAGUCCAAUCUCCGGCUCUGUCCGAACACAAGACGGCACUUCCACCAUGCAGGGCGUGGAUCACCGUCACGUCCAGCGGGAGCUCGGCGAUGUGGUUAUCCACCUGCACACACCAACAGUCGUGUCGGCUUCUGCUGUGAGGGUGCAGUGGAUGGUCGAGCAGCAGUCCCAAUACAUUCAGGGUUACAAGGUGCUUUACAGGGCGUCCGCUGAGCAUGGCCAGCCAGAGGGUCAGUGGAGUGUCCUGGAGGUACACGCCCCACGGGAGGACGGCGUGGUGAUCGGCCAGCUGAGGAGAGGAUCCAUCUACGAGUUCAAAGUGCGCCCCUUCUUUGAUGAGUUCCAGGGAGCUGACAGUGAGGUGAAGGUGGUCAGGACAUUGGAAGAAGCCCCUAGCAGAGCACCACAGGGCGUUACGGUGACAAAAAGUGAUGCCAAUGGGACCGCCAUCCUUGUUGCUUGGAAACCGCCUCCGGACCGGGAAGAAGCUGGAGUCAUUCAGGAGUACAAAAUCUGGUGCCUGGGUAAUGAGAGCCGGUAUCAUGUAAACCAGUCGGUCGAUGGCUCCACCUUUUCUGUGCUCAUCUCCAGUCUGGCGCCAGGAAUUCGUUACAGCGUGGAGGUUGCGGCCAGCAAUGGUGCUGGACCUGGGGUCAAGAGUGAUGUCACUUUUUUUCAAUUAGACUACGCAGGACAGAUGAUGGAUAUCAGUGAGGAGAAAGACACGUUGUCUCAGAUCUCAGAUGUGGUGAGGCAACCGGCCUUCAUUGCUGGCAUUGGCGCCACCUGCUGGUUGGUCCUCAUGAUCUUCAGCGUGUGGCUCUACCGUCAUCGCAAGAAGAGAAGUGGCCUCAGCAGCACAUACACUGGCAUCCGCAAGGUCCCUUCAUUCACCUUUACACCUACAGUGGCAUAUCAAAGAGGAGAAUCUGUAUGCAGUGCUGGCAGACCCGGCCUUCUCAGCAUGGGCGAACCUCUAAACCAGCUGUGGCUGCCCGACAAUUGGCCGAAUGCGUGUGCCAAUCACAAGGACUGCAGCAUCAACUGCUGCAAUAAUGGCAAUGGCACCAGUGACAGUAACAUGACAACAUACAGCCGACCAGCUGACUGCAUUGCAAACUAUGGAAAGCAUCCAGAAAACAAACAGGGGGGACAGCACGGCUCUGAGACGGCCAUUUACAGCGAUGUGAACCUCUCCAACAAGCUCAAUGAGAUUAAAACGUUCAACAACUCCAACUUGUGCUACGCGAGUCCAGGAGGAGAUUCAGCAGCCACAUAUGAACCCAUCCCGUACGCCACCACACAGCUGAUCCAGGCCAGCAUUAAGAACAAGGCGGGCACCGGUGGCGCGACAGCGGAGCAAAUGGACGUGCCCUGCUGGAAACAGCCCCCCAACCCGCCUCCAAUACCAAAGGAGAUGGCGGCGCAGAUGCAGUACAACAUAUUUGAGCAAAACAUGCUAAAUAAAGAUCACUUUCAAGGAAGUGAAGGAAUGAUCCAUCCGAAAACGAUACCCUACAACCAGACCCGUGAUCACAGCACAGGAGGCUCACACCACAGCUCUGACAGAGGCAGCAACAGCACCUCCGGGAGUCAAAAUCAAAAGAAAGGAACGCGAGCCCCAAAGAUCCCAAAACAUAAUGCAGUAAGCUGGGGAGAAGCGCUGUCUCCUCCUCAUGCUAAUGCCUGGGACUGUGAUGAGUACAGCCUACCGAUGGAAAGGAGUUUUGAUCCAGCGGAGAGAAUAGAAGGCUGCCCCACCCCACCAGUAAGAGCGGCAGCCUCCUCUCCUGUUGAAGUGUCCUAUAGUCACCCACCACACACAGCAUCACAGGCAGAACUGAGCAAUGGCCUGCACGAUGGACCUGAGCACCUCAGCCAACACGUCGCCGGCCACCUUCGCCCUCUUUCCCCAACACACACCUACAGCUCCAUACCCUUCUGCAUGGACACCGAUGUACAGGAAGAGGAGGAGGAGGAGGAGGAGGAGGAGGAUGAUGAGGAGACAGACGCAGAGCUCGCUGACAGUCACUACAGCCAACACCACAACGGGCAGAAGCACAAACACCAGCUGCACCACCCCUCUCCACACAAGCUGCUCCUCCAUGGGCUGGAGCAGACCCCAGCCACCAGCACGGGGGAUCUGGACCGAUCGGUCACAGGGUCCAUGGUUAACAGCUGGGGCUCAGCAUCCGAGGACAACAUCUCAUCUGGCAGGUCCAGUGUUGUCAGCACCUCGGAAGGAUCCUUCUUUACAGACGGCGAUUUCAACCAGGCAGUAGCCUCUUCACGGGAUAUUGUAGGCCUGCGCAUGUGCAGAUACCCAGAGGAGUCAGGCCAACGGCUCCAGCGGCCCAGCAGCCCCAUGUCCACCGACAGCAACAUGAGUCCUGCAAUAACACAUAAAAGGCCCAGAAGGCAUAAACAGAACCAGCCUGGUCAACAAGGCUACCAGCCCAAAGAUGUCUUCAAUGAUGACUCCUGCAUGCCUCUGAAUUUUUCCAGCCAGAUGUCCCACAGCAACUACAAGGUGAGGGGGGCCACGCUGCCUCGGAUGGGCUCUGGGGAUGCCCGGGGUCGACGCGGCAGCACUGGCACUCACAGGGCCAGGGAGGCUACAUUUGAACAGGGGGAGAGCCACGACAAGCACACGACUCCACCAGCAGGAAAAGGAAGCAGCAAAAGCCGACAGCACUCAGAAUUUGGGGAUGUCCUUCUGUACAGUCGUCCCUCUUUCCCAUCAGGUCAAGCUCAGAGGGAGCCUGAUGACACUAAUUCAUCCAGCUUUAUGUCAUGUGGAGACGCAAGGACCAAACAGGGAGGACAGGGGGAAGAGUUCCUGAAAAGCUAAGAAGCACAGAACAGGAAUACCCUGCAGCAGCUUCAGAGGAAGGACUUUGACCUUUCACAAUGGAAGAAAGACUUUUAAAAAUACUGCACAGUACAUGCU